AUGGACAAAUUUGUUAUAAAAAAAAAAAUUAAGUUGCAUGAAACCCAUGAAAGUGUCACAUCAACAGAAGAAGUGGAUACUUUAACUCCAAGUUUGUCGUUCAAUAGUUUAUUGACUUCUGCUUCGACGAGCUCAAUAGAAUCGCAACGUAUUAUUAAUGAUAAUAAUGAUACUACUACUUCAUCGGAAAGUUAUGAUAUUGGUAACUAUAUAGACCACAUAUAUUCUAUUAAUGAUUUUACUAAAUUUAUGAUUCUUAAAAAUCACUGGGUCCCUCCAAAACAUUAUAUAUUUCCUUUUUCUGUACAUAACAAACGCAAUAGAGAAGAAAAGCGACGUCCUAAUCAUCAGCAUUUAUCUAAUUAUUCUUGGUUAGUUUAUUCCGAUGUGAAAAAAGGACUUUUUUGCAAAAAUUGCGCCAUUUUUACUAAUGAUAUUCUAGUAGGUGGUCAAAAAACAAUAUCUGUUAAAAAAUUGGUGACAGAACCCCUUAUAAAAUUUGCUAAUUUAUUAGGAAAACAUGGAGACUUAGACUGCCAUUCUCAAACUCAGUAUCAUAAGUUGGCAAUAGUUAAAAGUGAAUCAUUUAUUCAAGUAUAUAAAAAUCCAUCUUAUGAUAUUCGGAAUCAGGUUGAAACUUCACGUAAACAACAGGCUAAUGAAAAUAGAGAAAGACUUGUUCCAAUAAUAAAAACUUUAAUUUUACAUGGACAACAGAAUAUACCUAUAAGAGGCCAUCGUGAUGAUGGUUCAUUACUUAAUACAAAUAAUAGUCCUGUUGCAACUGAAGGAAAUUUUCGUUCAUUACUAAGAUUCCGAAUAAAUAGUGGGGAUAAAGUUUUGGAAAAUCAUUUAAUGACAGCUAAAAAUAAUGCUACUUAUAUUAGUAAAACAUCAACAAAUGAGUUAAUAAAUCAUUGUGGUAAUGAAGUUCUUUCUAUUUUAUUAAAUAGAAUACAUAAGGCAAAAUAUUACUGUGUUUUAUUUGAUGAAACAACUGAUGUAUCUCACAUAUCCCAACUUAGUAUAUCAAUUAGAUAUAUUUAUGAAAAUACAGUCAGAGAAGAUUUUAUUGGUUUUGUUGAUCUUCAUAAGGACAAUUAUAGUGCAGAUGCUCUUGAUUUUGAUACAGAUAAUGAAAGUAACACAUUAGAUUUACAACAGUCAGAACCAACUAUUACAGGAGAAAUACUUGGUUCAACAGUUGUAAAAAAGUUGAAAAGUGUGGGACUAGAUUUAAAAUUAUGUGUAGGAAUCGGUUGUGAUGGUUGCAGUGUUAAUAUGUCGACAAUAUGUGGAGCAGCAAUUACUAUACAAAAAUCUGCCAAGAAUGCUUUAAUAUGUCCGUGUUUAAAUCAUUCAUUGAAUAAUAAUUUAUCUAGAUCAAAUAAGAUUCAAAGUACCUUUUUUUCUGCUACUACUAAAAUAAAAGAACUUAGAGAAGUACUAAGUACAAAACGAAACGAUGCAAAUCAGUGCUUUAAUAUUAUAUAUAAUAAUGUUGUUGAAAUGAUGUCAAAAUUAGGCACUGAACUAAAACUUCCAAGGACUACUAAAAGGCAGACUUACAGAAAUAAUAUUGAAGUCAACCCAGAAGACAGUCAAGGUUACUGGAGAAUAUCAAUUUAUAUUCCUAUUUUAGAUGAAGUAAUAAAAGAUUUUGAUAAUAGGUUUUCUAGUGAUAAUAUGCAAUGCUUUAAUCUUAAUUUUUUGAUGCCAUUGAAUCUCAUGAAAUGUUUCAAAAACACUGAACAGUUAAAUCAAUCAAUUAAAGACAUUUCUAAUCAAUGUAAUACUGACCUCACAACUAUAACAUCAGCUAUAACAUUUCUAGACAAGCUUGAUUGUGACUAUUUUCCAGUAUUUUCUUUAUUUAUUAAAAUUCUAAUCACUCUCCCAAUAUCUAUUGCUACAGCAGAAAGAAGCUUUUCUUCUCUACGUUUACUAAAAACAUGGUUAAGAUCUAGAAUGAGCGAAGAAAGAAAGUUUGACGAAAAAUCGGAAGACCAAUGUAAUUGGUCCACAUAA